AUGCCGCGCUCACGGGCCACAACAAACAACACGAGCGGUCCCUACGACGACGACAACAUGCGUCGCGACGAUCGCCGCAGCAGCUAUGCCGAGUCGUCCAGCUCGACACUGCGCGACGACAAGGACCGCAAGACGGGCAAGGCCAAGGACAAGAAGCUCGAGAAGCGCCGCUCGACGCGCUCAGUGCGGUCCGGCAGCACGUCGCAAACUGGCGCCGGCUACAGGGGCGAGAUUGUUGACAGUCCCAAGUCGGUCCAGCGCAGCUUCAGCGGCCAGAUUGGCAGCGACGGCUUCUCGCAGUUCCCAGGACAGGCAGGAGCGCCCAUGAUGUCGGGCGCUCUGCCAGUAGGAAGCCACCCACCACACCACGACGACAUGGACGAUCACGUGCAGAGCCAGUUCCCCGGCCAGGACCCUCUGCGAUACACCUCGAGCGCGCUCCCUGGCGGCCAUCCAUUCGGAGCGGCUGCCGACUUCUACAACGACCAGGGCCAGUCAGUGCACCAACAGCCUGGCGUGAGGCCCCAGCCGCCCUCUGUCAUCAUAGGACAGGAUACCCCCCAUCUCAUGUCUGCCUCCGCGCAGCCCAACCCGGUUGCCGACACCGGAUCGGGCGCCGCUGCAGACUUCUACGGGCCCAGCACAAAUGGCUCUUCAUCCAGGCCUCCACGACCAUCGAGCUCGUCCAUGCCCGGUGCCUUCGUCGACGACACCCCGACGCCCCAGAAACCACCGCGACCCGCAUCUUCGUCGAGACCCAACAAGUCGAGCACCUUCGGCCCAGCUGCUACUGCGGCCGGCGGAGCUGCCAUGGGAUAUGCCAUGGGCCACAGCUCCUCUAAUCACGAACACACCACGAGCUACAGCUCAUCGAAUGUUCGCCCUUCUACAUCAUACUCUUCUUAUACUAAUAAUACCCCCCCGGCUGCUCCGGCUUCCACGUACAACAUGUACGGCCCGGGAUCUAAUGCUUCUAAUACCGCUGCCAACGACGGCAGCUACCUCCCACCCUAUGCUGCAGCCGCCGCCUACGGCGUGGAAGGCGCGCCUCCUCCAAAGCCACCUCGGCCAGCCAAGCCAGAAAAGCACUCGUCUGGCAGCAUGGCUGGACUGUACGCUGCUGGCGCCGCAGGACUGGCGGCUUAUGGCUUAAACCAACAUAAUUCACAUUCACACACCCACUCCAACACCCACACACACUCGCAUAGCACACACCAUCACCCGUCGGCGCACGGCCCGAACGGACAUCAUCAGAAUGGCCUUACGCCCAGUCCAUACAUCUCAGGCGGCAUGGCUCACCAGCAUCAGCACACUGGGCCUGUUUCCAAGUUUGUCGACUGGUGGAAAGACUACGAGGAUGUGCAGAAGAUGGAAGAGUACACCGAGUACAUUGGAGUUUGCAAGGGUUGCUUUGACCCUCGCUCUUCCGUUCUGGACGCCCCGCGGAAGCACCACUACUACAAACGGCGAUCCAAUGAGUUCAUGCGACCCACUGGUGGCAUUGAGAAGCAAUCUCGAUACUCGCUCAAGGAGAAGAAGUCUUGGGGCUCAAUCUCUUCGGGUGAGGAGCGUCGCAAGAACAAGAGCAGCGCCGCGGGCUGGGUAGCUGCAGGCCUGGGCGGCAUUGGCCUUGCCAAGGCUGGAAAGGCUGUCUUCAGCGCGGGCCGCGACGACUUUGACGACACAUACAGCAUCAAGUCUGGUCGGUCGAGGGUCUCACGACACAGCCGCAGCAGAUCAGGGGAUCGCAAGAGUUACAGCUAUGGCAGCUCUGGCAUCCGCCACCGGAGCAAUUCCGCCGACCGCAUUUCCGUGAUGUCCGUGGGCGUUACGAGCGACAAGAAGGACCGUAAGGAUCACAAGGUUGUUCGCCGUCAGUCUCGGUCGCGCCGUUCUCGAUCAAGCUCAACUUCAAGCUCCAACUCAGGACGCGGCAAGACAGGCCUGAUCGGCACUGCCAUUGGUGCAGGUCUUGCAGGAGUCGCCCUUGGAGCGGCCACAAAGAAGAAGCAGCACAGUCGAUCCAGGUCCCCGAAGAGGGUUCAAGUGGUUCAUCACCGCAGAGACAGCAGUGACGAUGAGCGUCGUAGGAGAAGAUCGCAUUCACUCCGACACAAAGCAUCUCGAAGCUCAACAUCCGGAGCCUCUGUCAUCGAAAUUGGCCAGAAUCACGAGUCCCAGGGUGGCUUCCUUGGAGGCUUCUUCUCUGCACCUCCACCAAAGGAGAAGCGAGUGAAGACAGCCAAUAGCCUGAAGAAAAAGAAGAAGGGCUUCUUCAGCUUCAGCAAUGCUUCAACAUCCUCAUCCGACUCCGAGAUGGCAUUCGGCACCGGCUACGUAAGGAGGACGCGGAGACGAUCAUCGCCGAAGAGACGAAACUCGGAUGAGCGACUGAAAGCUUCGCUACUUGGUCUUGGCGCUACGGCUGCUGCUAUCACAGCCGCGAAGGCCGGCAAGGGCAAACGCCACAACGAGAUCGUUGCUGUUAAGGAGAACCGUCUUGGUCGCAAGACAAGUCAAACUUCGCGGCCCGCCUCACGUUACGGGGACGACGAGUGGGAGGACUUGCCAGACGAUGGUACUUCCGACUCCUCGAGUGAUGGCGGUCUCGUAUACGGCGAUUAUUCCCUGAAGAAGACCAAGAGCAACGAGUCUAUCGGAUCCAACCACUCAGGUACGAACAAAUGGGGCUGGCGAUGGGGCUUUGGCAAGAAGAGAAGGUCUUCCAACAACCUCUACGACAACAUCGCUAGUACAUCGCUCAUUGGGCCUGCCGCAGCUGGCGCAGCAGGUGCCUUGACCGGCGCAGCUGUUGGAGCUGCCCAUGGACACCACGACAGCGAGUCUAGCAGCGCUCAAACAUUGCAGUCGGUCUAUCCUGUUGCACCCCAUGACCCCAAUGCGUCGUUCGAUGCACGCCGUACAAGCUCUAUCGUCACCAAUCAGCCUAUUGUCACCUCAGGACCUGGUCCCAUCCCCAUUCAACACCCUCAGCCAGUGCAGCAAGUCCCCGGCGCCAUCUACUCAACACAGGCACCAUCACAAUCUGGGUACACCACAGCAGGUCCUUCAGACUUCCCACCAGCACCUUUCCCACCUCCUUAUCCCACGCAGUCUCAAGUUCAGAACAUUAUCAUCCAAAGUCCUCAGCAUCCUCAAUUCCGUCGGGCAAACUCUUCUCCCAUCCAAAGCUCCUCAUGGAGGCGAGAUGCCUCUAUUGCUGGACUUGCAGCGACUGCCGGAUUUGCAGCAGUUUCUGCGAUGAAACACCCCGACCGACCUCCGAGCCGACCGCCGUCCGCGUCUAGCAAUGUUCGCUUCAACUUGACACAAGAGCAGGCCGAGAAGGACCUCCGUGAGCGACGCAAGGAGCAGGAGCGACUGGACGAGGAGGCCGAGCGUCGCCGAGAACAACAGAGACGCGAGGACGAGGCGCGCCGAGAAGAGGAAGACCGAGUGCGUCGAGAACAGCUGCGACAAGAGGAAGAGGCCCGGCGAGCGGCACUUGCGCUCCGUGAGGAAGAGGAUCGCCUGCGCAAAGAACGGCAGCUGCAAGAGGAUGAGGCUCGACGGAUUGAAGAAGACCGCCGGCAGACAUUGCUCCGUUUGGAGGAAACGACACGCCAAGAAGAAGCGCGACGCCGAGACGAAGACGAGCGACGUCGCCUGGAGUUGCAACGGCAGCAGGAGGAGGCUCGCAAGUUCAUGGACAUCGAACGAUUGGCGAGGCUCGAGAACGAACGCCGUCGCGAACAGCAAGAGGUCCAGGCACGCCUCGCUCGGGAAGCCGAAGACCGCGAACGUCAUCAACGAAUGUCCGAAAUGGAGCGUCAGCGUCAGCUCGCCAUCGAGGCUGCGGAGGCUGAGCGCAAACGGAGAGAGCGCCGUGAAUCUCAACAACAAGAAGCUGAGCGCAUCGAUGCCGCGAGACGCGAAGCUGAGAUUCAAGAGGACAUGGAGCGCCGACGCAGGGAACGCGAAGCUCAGGACUACACCGACCGAUACGAGAGCGACCGAGCUCGUAAGCUUGAACAGCAGCCAACAGGAGAUUCAAUGGCUUCGACUGCCACCGUUGUACAACGCAAGGAGCAGGAGCUGCAAGACCGCGAACGCGAGGCUUUCAAGUCUGACAAGAAGUCUUCCGUUGCUGGCGCAGUAGCUGCUGGUGCUGCAGCAGCAAUCGCAACUGCUGCGAUCAAGGACUACAAGGACAACAAGGACAAGGAGAAGGAGAGGGAGCGCGAGAAGAAGCGCGACAGCAAGUCUUCGUCUUCAACGAAGAGCAGCAAGAGCGAAUCCUCCUCAUGGAAGCGCAGCAAGAACGAUUCUUCUUCGUCCAAGAGCAGCAAGAGUGAAUCUUCAUCCUCGAAGAGCAGCAAGAAGCGGGAGCCAACCAGUGUCAAGACUAUCGAGCCCAGCAAAGUCAAGCAGGACAUUUUUGACGAGGACAUCUUCAACCCCGAUAUGUUUAAGCAGAAGGACAAUUCACGCCAGGAAGCUCGCGAAGUCCUUCAAGAUUGGGAACAAAGGUACUAUGCAAAGCCAGUAUCUCAAGCUGAAUUCUUCGCACCGGAAGAGCUCUUGGCCAACGACAACCUGCCCAAGGUCCGCCCAGUAGACCCGAACGAGGGCGCUCCAGAUCUACCCAUCUACCAAUCCUGGGAAGACUAUCCUGUCAGCCAGCCCAAGCUCCCUCCUUAUCCUCCGUCGUACGCAUUCACUGCCACCAGAAAUGGUCGGUCCUCUCAACCCCAACCGCUACCUCAAGUUCCAUCGCUGAACCUCAUCUUGCCUACUCCUCCCGGUAGUCGCACACCUUCUGUGCGCAGUGCAUCUGCCCCUCCAUCACCAGCAAUGGAGCCUAUCAGGGAGACUAGAGAGACCAGACGCGAGCCAAGAGAUGACGAAUCGAACCGAGCAAGAUCUAGGGUAAGCUGGGGCGAGAACCAGUUCCACCACUUUGACGUCCCUACUCCGGAGUCCUACCGCGAACAAUUCGUCUCAGAUGGCGAUCUCAGGUCGCGUGAAGCCACGGUCGAGCGCGAGCCGCCCAAGCCCGAACAGACGACGUCCACCUACACACCCUACCGCCCCGAGAUGUCCAGAGUCCCCGAGAGUAAGGAGUCUGCACCAAGCACGCAAUACAUUCGGGACGAGAAGGACUCCAGUUGGGACAGUGUCGUGGAUGCUGCUUCCAAGAAGAGCAACAAGAAGGAGAAGAAGUCAGCAGCAGCGGCAGCAGCUGCAGCACUAACGACUGCAGCGGUUCUUUCCCGAGAUCAACGAGAUCAAGAGGACGAGCGUAGCUACAGACGCGACAAUCCAACUGCAUCUGCCCUGAGCAACCCGACUGCAUCAAACCUCAGCAGUGCGACUUCCUACGAUUUCAGCGAUCCAACUGCGUCUACCGUCAGCACUGUUGUCAGCAAUGCCACUGCAGCUGGAUUCAGCAAUCCUACCGCGUCUUCCCUCAGCAACCCGUUCUCUGAUGGAAACAGGGCCCCUUCAACUAUCGCUCCAUCGAUCAUCUCAGCUGCGCCAUCUUCCACAGUCACUCCUUCCAUCAUCUCAGCUGUGCCAUCUACGAGCAGCGUUCAGACGGCAUACUGGCAGCCUGAGUCAGAGCGCGACGCGUGGAGGACGCCCCAACAGAGUACAGUGGGACCUGGCUUUGUUGAAGGCGAGAUUCCUACACCGCCAGUGUCUAUGCACAUGCCCGGCGGCUGGGACGACAUACCGGACCCUGAGGUACUCGCAGAGGAGCCGCCGGCAUCGUCCGCGAAGAAGGACACAAAGGGUAAGAACAAGGCUAACGAUACUGACGAAGUUAUAGCUAUGCAGAAUGUUUCUCGACGUGGAGAGCCAACACCUGCAGUGAAAGAGAGGGAAGCGGAGCCAGAGGUCAAGCUCAGCAAGAAGGAGAAGAAGGACAAGAAGAAGAAGUCCAAGUCAUCGAAGCGAGCCAGUGUGGACACUUGGGAGAUGAGUGAUCCCAGUCCGCCAUCAAGCCCGAUAAUGGACCGCGAUCCCAGGGACAUCGAGCCCUCCCGAGAUCCCAGGGAUAUUGAGCCUUCUCGAUCUGCUGAAACCUCACGAUUCGCCGACUCUUCUCGCUCCACUGAGCCUUCUCGAUCGGCCGAACCACCACGUCUAGGAGAAGCAUUCCAAGAGUCCCCCAGUCCUCCGAAGAAGCCCGCGCGACAAGGUGAGAGCAGCGGCAGUAAAGCCUCCACCGCUGCCAUGGCCGGUGGUUUCGCUGCUCUAAUGGGCAUGACUAUGAACCAGGAUCAAAACAGAAUGGCCUCAGAUGCCGAGCGUGCCAGGAAGGAUCUUGAGUCCACAGAGAAGCACCAUUCACGCGACUCUCCUGUAUCUCCACCGAAUGGCGCACGUGCACUCGAACGAAAUGAGAAGAAUGUGACCAUCCCAAGCUACGCAUUCGAGGGUGUUGAGGAGCUGGCCGAUAAGACACCCAGGCCGAAAGUCCAGAAAAGACACAGUAGCGGCAAAUGGUCACCUAGCAUCAGUUCUCCUCUCAGGACCGAGACGACGUAUGACGACUACAUAAACGCCCGCACCAUUCCCGAUCCUUCCAGAUAUCAAACGAUGGUCGAGGCCCCAAAGGUUCCCACCGCAGCGCCGUUCACGAUGGCGCAUGAUCCAGUCACCGCUCGUAACGUAACCGACUCUGGGUACUAUGCUCCCGACGACGUGCCGAGCCGGGCGGGCAACGAUAAAGAAUCAAAUGGAUUCUAUCCCGCAGACUUCAACGAGGAGGCAAAGGACAGGCACUCACGAAACGAUCGCGACCAGGAUGUCGAUGACAGAUACGAUGAUGACUUCGACGACAGACCACGCAGGUACGAUGAUGACGAUGUGGGCUCAAUCGCUUCUCUGAGCUACAAGUACGACGACCCCGAUCGCGAGGAGAGACGCCGCAGACGUCGCGAAGCCAAGUCCGAGACACGUGAGAAAAGCCACGACCGCGGUUACGAUCUUGAAGAGGGUGGAGAACGGAGGCGAAGACAUCGCCAUCAUGAGGCUGAUGAGGGCGCUGACGACUGGGACACGAAAUCCGCCAUCUCCGAGACUGGCGAGCGACGACGCAAGCACAGGAGAAGGGAUGGCGACAGAGACGCAUCACCCGAGACCAAGACUAGAUCACGCUCCACAGCAGCUUCCGAACUCGGCGACUACGAUGACGAUCGCAAGUCCUCCCGGAGACGAUCCAAACGAGAUGAUGACAUGGUUUCCGUCGUAUCCUCAAUCCCAGAUCUAGACGAGGAUCGCAGUUCAAGGAGGGAGAAGGAGAAACGUCCAAGUGGCUUCCUGGGCCUUUUCGGCAGCAAGUCGAGGGAGAACUUGAAAGAAGCUUCAAGCAAGUCCUCGAAAUCUAAGGACGACGACGAUGAAGAGCGCAAACAUCGUAGACGGAAGCAUCGGUCGGAUCGCGGUUCUACCUACGGCGGCUCAGACGAUGAUGACAUGCGCUCCACGAUCUCGACCAGUAGUCGACGCGAAAAGAGGAGCAGCCGCAGUCGUAGCGAGAGAGGAGACGGAGACAGGACGGAUGCUUAUGAUGACAAGGAUCUCUUACCACCUCGAACCCCGCCCUCGCAUGCCGAUGAACAACAACAACCACAACAGCAGUCUUUUUUAGGCGAUCGGGCAGUGACCACAGCCACUCCAAGUCCACUGCCCGUAAGUGAGCCUGUCGAUCAGGCCCACGAGGGUAGUGGCAUAAUCCUUGGAGAUCGGGCCGAGUUUCCUCUUUCGACCUCGGAUGAUGCCCAACGCUUCACCGCCUCUGGAGACAACGACCUACCGCCCGAACUAUCGUUCGAAGACAGCCGCGCGCUUCUAACUCGUCUGACAGGCCUUCAGCCUUGGCAGCUGGAAGCUUUCCCCGAUGAGCUACCUCCGCUGCCGCUGUCUAGGCCAGGUUCACCAACACGUUCGCCAGACGUCACACGUCCUUCGACUGCGAUUUCUCAACGUCGACUAUCUUCAACGGCAGUUCCCAUACGCUUCCGCAAGCCCGUUAUACCCUCUACCGUUGACCCUAGCUUAGCAGCUGAUCCUCUUCCUGGCCCUUCACCAACCCGUUCUCGCCAUGGCAAGACGCACUCCACAGAGUUUAGGAACUCUCGAGAGUUCCGACCUUUGUAUCUGGUGGAGCGCAACCGCAAGUCCAAUGAGAUCGAUGAGGUGUUGCCAGCACUUCCACCCAGUAGUGCUUCUUCAGUAGUCUCUGGCGCGGAUUCAGAAGAAGAGUUUGAGUCUGCUCAAGAGUCACCUUAUGAGAGCGCUGGACAGUCAUCUUAUGACUCAUUUUUCGAUCCUUUGAGUACCGUAGCCGACCUCAUUGCGCCCAGCCAUGGACCGGAGGUUCAGCAUCCCGAGCUUGCCCAUCGCGAGAUUGAAGAGGUCGAAGAAUCUGGCCAAGCUACACCCAAGGCCUCUGACUACUUCACAGGUGCGCAGGAAGCGUCGGCACCGUCUAGCGGUCCAAACUAUGAAUCGCUUACUGCGGCACUGGAGCAUGCCAGAGCACAGGAACAGGAUUCGUCCACCGACGAUUUCAUGUCGACUUUGACCUCCCCACAGGCGGAGACUCCUCUUGAGACAAGCGCGCCGCUCGACGACAAGAUAAUGCGCGACGUUCCUGAAUCACGCGACACUACUUCUGCCCCAUCGAGCAGCUCAUCGAGACUCCAAGACGCUGCUCUUAGCGCAGUAGUAGGUGGUUUGACAGCAGCUGCUUUGCGAAAACGCUCUCCUUCACCAACUCGAUCUCAGCGCGAUGACACCAAAGACAAGGCUUCGUCCGCUGCUGAGCCAGAGCAACCUGAGCCGGAAACCAUCGAACCUGUUGUCGAACCAUCGCCAAAGGGCAAGGGUAAGGCCAAGAAGACCAAGAAAAGUAAGAAGGGCAAGGAGCCCGUCGCCGCCGAGUCUCCCGUAUCCCCGUCGCCUGUUAUCCCAUCACCCGUAGCUCAAUCACCCGAGGAGAUAAUCAAGCCAUCGCCCUCCUUCAGCUUCGCCACUACGUUCGUUGACAACGAGGAAGAUUGGGCCAAGAAUAGGACUGAGUCCGUCGUUACGGACGAUGCUACGCUUGUUGGUGAGCCUGUCGGAACGCCCAAGGAUACCAAGGCCUUUCAACAGAAGGUUUUGGACACUACUGCACCAAAAGAGGACGAAUCCACCGAGGUUCGACGCGCCGUCUUUGAUAUCCCUCAAGAAACUGCGAGAUCAAUCGAAUCUGUUGAAGAGGCAAAGCAGGGUCUUGGGAUCACUACCGAACCGGCUGCUACAGCUGUCGAAGUUUCACAAGACGCCCCUGUCGAACCCAGCUCUUCCAAGUCUACUGAACCCUCAAUUCCUGAGCCGGUCAUCGAGGAGGAAGUUGCGACUACACCCAAGUCCAAGAAGGCGAAGAAGAACAAGAAGGGUAAACGCGGCAACAAGCAAGCUGAGGCUGAGCCCGAGGUCGAGCCCGUAUCCCUACCGGAAGUUUCCACGCAAGAUGACCAGAUCUUGCCUUCGUCGGAGUCGCAACAAGACACUAUUGAACGCGAUAUCUUCGAGCCAUCUUUCGAACGCGAAGAGCCCAAGGACAAGGUUGAUGUCAUGGAUUUCUUGGUUCAAGAAGAAGUACCAGCCACUUCGACUGAUGAAGCAGUUUCGCAAGAGGCGGUGCCUGCACCUACUGCUCCAGCAGUCCCCGAAGAACCACCAGCUCCCUCGACCGACGAAGCAGUCCAGCAAGCGACAGAGCCUGUACCCAUUACUCCAGCAAACCCCGAAGAGCCCAAGUCGGAAGUUACAGCUGGGCCUGCCACACCAGAGGUUCCAGCUCGGCCUAGCACAGCUGACGGCGCCGAACAAGCCAAGAACACUCCCGUCGAAGAAAACCGCCGAGCCUCUGGGAUCGAAGGGCAAUCGGCAGGUUCAGGCUGGGGUUCCGGCCUGUGGGGUGCUAUUGGAUGGGGCAAGAAGAAGGCCCCGCCGCCGCCAACAUCCGAGCCUCCGUCUUCUCCGAAGCCCCAAUCUGCCGUCCUCGCCGCACUAGCUGCAGCCAGAGAAGAGGCCAAGCGCAAGUCACAACCAUCCUCACCAACUGUGUCUGAGAGGAAGAGUUCCAAGUCUGAGAAGAGGCCUUCCAUCUCCCGAGUGAAGACGCAGGAUGAGACGUCAAAGCCGGAGUUGCUGCAGAAGAUUGAGUCUAGGAGAUCGUCUGUUCCUACACAGCGACCUACUGAGGCUACGACCCGCGAAAUUGUCAAGGAAGAAGCUAGCUCGAGCACCACAGCUCCCACUGCGAUCUUCACUGAUGAUGGCAAACCCUCUUUCGCAUUCCCUCAGGCUUCCACGGCGCCUCAACAACUAUCUAUCGAGACUCCCAAGGAGGCUCCUGUCGUUGAAGAGAAGGCUACAAAGCAAUCUGAGGAUGCCACUCCAUCUACUGCCUUCUUCACUGACGACGGCAAGCCGUCUUUCACGUUCCCACCAGUAUCCACCAAGCCUGCAGCUGAGCCAACGACCGAGCCUGAAGAGGCACCUGUUGCCAAAGAGGAAAAGAGCCCUGCUUUUGUGUCCCCGCGUACCGCAUUCUUCACCGACAACGGCAAACCAUCGUUCACAUUCCCGAAGACGUCACCCGCCCCCGCGGUUGAAUCAAGCGUCGUAUCUAGAGAAGUUCCAGUCGCGAAUGAUACACCAGCUCCUGUUGAUGUCUCGCCACGCAAUGCUUUCUUCACAGAUGAUGGGAAGCCUUCGUUUUCGUUCCCUUCGAUCCCAUCUACGACUACCGAACAAGCUCCUUCGGUCGCAAAGGAAGCAGAGGUUGUGGAAGAGCAGAAGAAGCCAGCGUUUGUUGCGCCACGGAGCACAUUCUUCACUGAUGAUGGAAGACCUUCAUUUGCAUUCCCAUCAGUGCCAAAGUCUACUGAGCAAACUGCCUCAACUGCCGAUGAAAACGCCCCUGCGAAGACAAAAGAGCCAGCCACUUUCGUUGCACCUCAGACCAGUUUCUUUACCGAUAAUGGUAAGCCUUCGUUCACGUUCCCAUCAGUGGCAGCACCCGCCCAGCCCUCGGCAACGGUCAGCAAAGACACCAUCGUCGAAGAGAAGCCUGCUGAGCAAUUGUCUCUUGGCCGAAGUGGCCUGUUCACUGAUGCUGGAAAGCCCACUAGCACGAUCUCUGACUUCGUCCCGACCGAGUCUGGCGGUUCAGCUUACGACCGUAUCUCGGUUGAACCCAGCUCGUCAAAGAAGAAGAUCAUCAAGACCAAGAAGGAGAAGAAGGCGAAGAAGAGCAGCGUACCGAUUCCCGAUUUCGAUGAGCCUGCAGCCGACGCUGCCAAGUCCGUCGAUGCUCCAGUUGACGCGGCGGCAAAGGAUCUGGGCGACCAGGUGACCGCUGAGCCUGUCAAGCCUGAACCUGAAACAGCCAAACCUGCUGAGACGCCUUUGGAAUCUGCGAUAGAGGCUUGGGGCGAACAGCUAGUAUCUGAGCCAACUCCUCUGACUGAAGAGCCGCCUAUCGUUGAUUCUGCCGAAAGUACCGUCAAGCCCGAGCAACCAGUUACUACAGAGCCAAUUACCAUCGCCGAAGAUGAAGUCACGUCACCUGUCAGCAAGAAGAAGGCCAAGAAGAGCAAGAAGAACAAGAAGGCUGAACUCGAAAGCACUGAGGUUGAGACCGCAGCCCCAACAACCCCAAUCGAAUCUGCUGCUGAACGUUCCCUGGAUGCUCCUGCAAGCGAAUCUGCACCUGUCACCGAGACUGUUACUGAACCGGUAUCCGCAGAGAUCGUGCAAGAGAAGAUUGCGCCCUCCAACACGGAGGCUGCAGAGCUUGUAUCCGAGCUCGCACCGACUGUUGAAGAGCCUUCCCGUGAAGAGCCCUCUCUGCCUCUCGAUGUGGCCACCCCGACAGAGCGUGAAGCACCAGUUGAGUCCUCGCCUUCUGUUCAAGACGAUGCGCCAAAGGCGAAGAAGAGCAAGAAGAACAAGAAGAAGAGCGGUAUCUCCACGCCUCGGGAGGAGCCUACAACUACUCCCGAGCCAUCUUCUAUUACAGCUCCUGAGUCUGUCGCCAACCAGCCGACUGCCGUUCCGGAUGUCACCCAACCUUCUAUUGUCGAGGCCGCUGACGUUCCUCUGCCUGCUGCACAACUUGAUGAAGAUCUCAUGCAGCCUCUCGAAAAGGAAGUUCCAAGAGAUGUUCUUGUUAAGCAGGAGCCAAUUCCCGAGCCCUCUUCUGCGCCUGUAGAAGCUGAGACUGUUGCUACAGCCAAGACCAAGAAGGGUAAGAAGAGCAAGCGGAAGAGCGGCACUGUGACACCCCAGCCUGAGACCGAAGCCGUACCUGAGCAGACCGACGCACCCCUCGAGACUUCUGCCCCAAUCAGCGAACCAGUAGCAACUCCAAGCGAAGUAGUUGAUCGAUCCCGCGAUAUCGAGCAACCUUCAUCUGCCGGUCACGUUUCUGCUGUAGAGUUCUCUCUCCCAGAGCAGAAGCACGACGAUGGAGCUGAUGCAGCCACUGUCCCUCUCCCAAUAGAGAGCUUCGAUGAAGAUCUCUCUACUCCGUUAGAGCAGCCAAAAUCUGUGGACGAAGUCACCUCUUCUGUUGAACCGACAGUUGAGGACACGCCAUCGACACCUACUUCGAAGAAAGACAAGAAGAAGAAGGGGAAGAAGAGCAAGAGUGUCGAGACGCCUGUGGAGGAGGUUGUGGGUCAAGAGGAGGAGAGCAAGAGUAGAGACAUUGGCCAAGGGGAGGGACUCUUUGGUGCGGAGACAUCAGUCAAGGACAAUGUAGAUGCGAAGGAUACGGCUACCGAGGAGACUGGAUCGGCCCUUCCCAGAGAACAGCUGCAGUCAGACGUUGCGGAGCGUGCGAACGAGAUCUCUGCGUCAGCCGAACCAACUCGACUUGAGCCCCUGUCUGAGGCUCCUAUCGUCCCGACACAAGAUGCACCAAUCGCCGAGCCAAGCCAGCCUGCGGAUCUAGUCGUCGAUGAUGUUGCCGAGGCCCCAUCUUCUUCUAAAAAAGACAAGAAAAAGAAGAAGAGCAAGAAGGCGAAGGCCGAUGACGAGGCACUGGCUACCCCGACCACCGAUAUUGAAGCUGAGGCCGUCAAUGAAACUCUACCCCAAUCGCAACAACAACCCGAGUCGCUCCAGGAGGCAUCGACCGAUGUCACCCCUGCACCCGCUACGGUCGGCGUUGAAGCAACACCCGAGAUCGUCGAAAGGCAGAUUCCCACGAACACUCCAGUUCCUGCCCAAGAAGUUCCUGCCGAAGAGUCACAGCAGCCUGCGACACCAUUGGAGGAAGAGCCUUCUACGCCAUCAAAGAAGUCCAAGAAGAAGAAGGCCAAGAAGGGGAAAUCCGCCGAGAUCGAACCCACUUCUUCAGACCUAGCCGAUGUGCAGACGGAUACUCAACCUUCUAUCGAAGCUGCUGGACCUGAAUCUAAGUCAAUUGAGGAUGCCGCACUCGCUGGAUUUCCCAAGCCAAUCCAAGAGGCUCAGGCCGAGACUGAAGCAAUCGCAGCAGACCGAGCGAUCGAAGUCGCGCCUGAGGUUCCUGUAGAGGCAGUCGCCGGAGCAGAGGCGGUGCCUCUUCCAGAGACGCCGGCCCGCGAGAUCGAUGAGCCCAUCGCGGAGAUUUCUCAGCCUUCGGUGCCUGCCGAGAAUGUUCCAUCAAAGACAUUGCAUGAGGCUUCAACCACCGAAGCAGAAGCAGUACCUCUUCCAGAGACGCCAGCUCGAGAGAUCGACGAGCCGAUUGUGGAUGAUCUGCCAGCAACACCAUCGAAGAAGAGCAAGAAGAAGAAGGCUAAGAAGGGCAAGUCACUUGAAACCGAGCCAAGCACGCGUAUCACUGAAGUAACUUCUUCUCAACCAGAUCCGUUCGCGGAGUCUGCUCAACCUGAGGUGCCCACAGCUGAGACUACACCAUCGGUGCCAGGUGAGACUUCCAAGCUAGAGCGCGAGACUCCAUCGGCUGAGCUUGUCGCUCUUCCCGAAACCGACGACAAGGAUUUGGAAGAGCAGAGAAUACCUCAAAUUGAGGCCGCGAAGUCACAAGAAGAAGCAUUACCAGCUGAGUUCGUAGCUCUUCCUGAAACCGACGACAAAGACCUCGACGAGCCUGCAAUUCCUCAAGUCGAGGCUGCGGAGAACGUUCCUGCUGUUCCUGAAGUCGUUACCGACAUCUCUGAUAAGGUGGAUACCACACAGCCAGAGCGCAGCCAAGACCUCGACGUUCCUGUGGCUCCCGCUGAGCCUGUCGCCGAAGCCGAACCAGCUGAGCCAAUCUCGAAGAAGAGCAAGAAGAAGAAGAGUAAGAAAGGCAAAUCCAUCGACACUACUGAGCCCAGCACACCGGUUACUGAGGAGCCAGCACCACAGUUCGACGUCCCUUCUGAGACUGUUCAAGAGGAGAAACGUAUUGAAGAUACUUUGCUGCCUUCGCAGGAACCGACUCGCACAGUCGUUGACACCAAUGUGCCUGCACUCAUCCAGGAGAGCGUUGCGGACGUUCCAUCCGCGCAGCAGGAUACGCCCAUUGAAGAAGCUUCGGUUGCGCCUACCCUUUCCAGCCAAGACAUCGAGAAUGAGGGUGCCGAGCCUGUCUCAAAGAAGGGCAAGAAGAAGGCAAAGAAGGAGAAAGCCAACCAAGAGGCCGAGGCUGAGCAAAUCCCAGCGACGCCUCUGCCUAAGCCUGUUACGGAAGAUACUGCUGCCGAUGCCAAGCUUGAUGUCAACCUUGAGGCAGCUGCACCCGCAACCACUGAGCAGCACCAAACCGUCAAACCUUCAGAGGUCGAGCCCAAGGUCGCUGAUGCCUCUUUCGAGAAGCCAACCGAGCCUGCUGCCGACGUUGUGAGCUCGGUAGCACCUCUUGAGACUACAGAGCGUUCAUUCGAUGAUGUUGCAUCAACGGAGAGGACACUGCCCGAGAUUUCACAAGUUCAAGACCAGGUUGAGGCCGAAGAUGCUCCCAGUACACCCAAGAAGAGCAAGAAGAAGAAGAAGGGCAAGAAGGGAGAGUUGAUCUCCGAACCCCAGACUCCCGUUACCGAGUCUGAGCCAGUCUUCCCGGAGAACACUGUCCAAGAAGCGCUUCCAUCUACCGCUGCGGCCACUGAAGAAUCGGUUAGUCGCGAUGUUACGUCCGAGCCUACUACCGAUGUUCUGCCUACGCCUGUGGAGACCUCUACUACUGAGCAAGACGUCCCCGCUCCUACAGAGCCAGCGCAGGUUGAACAAGUGGUUCAGGUGAUCGAUCUUGAGCCAGCACGUGAUGAACCCGUCCCAGAGCAAGCCACCGAGGAAGCGACACCACUCUCAAAGAAAGACAAGAAGAAGGCUAAGAAAUCCAAGAAGGCUGAAGUUGAGAGUGAGAUACCCGAGGUAUCUUCUGCGCCAGUCGAGACCGUCUCGAAGACCGUUGAUGAGCCAGCUCAGGAGGAACAUGUCCUGCCGACUGUCCACGAGACACCCAUCGAAGAGCCCGUCGCUGAGACACAAACCAUUCCCGAGGCUACAUCUCCCAAGUCGAUGCCGGUGAUCAUCGCAGGUCAAGAUGAUGUACUUCCAAGCACUCCGCUAGCUGGAGACGCCGCUGCCACCUCUGCGACCGAUACCGCGGCUGUAACUGGAGCGCAAGAUGAAGUUACAGUAGUCGAGAACGAGGACGUUGCGCCUGCGACUGAACAGCAUGAGGAGGAGUCUACUUCCAAGAAGAGCAAGAAGGCCAAGAAGGCUAAGCGUGCUUCCAUUGCCGGAGAGCCUACUGUUCCUUCCGUUCCUGAAGCGACAACCGAGGAGAAGGACACUAUCCAACCUGAGCAAGCAGCGACUGUACCUGAACCUGCUGCGGACCCGACACCUGUGCCUACCAUCGUUUCUGACACCCUCCCUGAGUCCGCCACCGCCGAGGAACUUACUUCUGACACCAAGCCCGCGCUAGAAGUGUCUGUUGAGCGCGAAGCGACUGUCGAUACCACAGCCCCAUCCGUUGCCGAGGCGUCGGUUCAAGAGAAAGAGCAAGCAUCAGUGUCCAAGGAGCCAAUAGUUGAGUCCAAGCCGACUGAGAAGACGCUGGCUGCCGAUGCACCCGUGCCCGAGGUCACUGAGGAAGUCGCCGCUCCACUCUCGAAGAAGGACAAGAAGAAGGCAAAGAAGGCGAAGCGCGUUUCGAUCGCCGAGGAGCCCACUUCCAUUCCGUCAACCCCUGUCGAAGAGAAGACUGAGCCAGUCUUGGAAGAGCCUGCAUCUUCAGCUACAGAGGUACCCGCCUCGGAAGUUCCCGUUGUGGAAGGGGUGCCAAGCACUUUGACCGACGUCACCGAAGACACUUCAUCUCACCUUACGCCUGCCGAACAGCUCAUUGCUACACCCGAACCUGCUUCCGAAGAACUCAGUCAAGUUGAGGCUGUGCCAGAGAUUACCAGCCCGGUCUCAAAGAAGGACAAGAAGAAGUCGAAGAAGUCAAAGCGCGAAUCGAUUGCGGAGGCGGAGACGGAGACUCAAGUGGAGACACCAGCAGAAAGGUCAUUAGAGCGCGCUCUUGAUGACGCUACUGACAUUGCUACUCAGGUUCUUGAGCAGCAGCCCGACGAAGCCACAUCAACGGAGCCUACUGCAACUCCCGUGAUUGUUGAGGAGCCAAGCAAGAGCGACGUGUCUUCUGCCGUUCCAGUCGAAGAAGAGCAAUUUCCAGCGACCACAGUUGUAGAAGAGCAGCCAUCUGAGGUAGUGGCUUCCGAGCCAGUCUCUGCCACCAUUCCGACCGAGACUUCGGCAGAGGAGCCCGUAGCGACAUCUUCGACCAUCGAUGAGCCAACCACACCUUCCAAGAAAGACAAGAAGAAGGCGAAGAAGAGCAAGCGUGUAUCAGCCGCGGAGGCUGAGCCAUCGCUGCCUUCCACUCCGGUUGAUGAGUCUGCUAAAGAGCUUACGGAAGCUGUCAAAGAUGUUCCUACUGUUGAACAAGAGUCUGCCGUACCAGCAGUUGACCAGAAAGAGCAGUCAGACGUUGUUCCCACUGUGUCUGAGGAUACAACAGUAUCCACUCCUGCGGUUGAGCAGAUUGUCACGGAACCCACGGAAGAAAAGGACACGGCGUCACAGUCGAAGAAAGACAAGAAGAAGGCGAAGAAAGCAGCCCAGAAGCCCAAGGCUGAGUCUUCUGAGCCUGUGAUCUCCGCCGAGCCUUUGCCCGAGACAGCUGGGUCCUCAUCAGGUGAACAGCCUUCGGUGGUGCCUGACACGACAACUACCAGCGCCAUCAUCGACGAAGCGCCACGAACAGAUCUUAAUCAUUCGACUGCACCGGCUACAGUUACAACUGAGGUCGAUCAAGGCAAGGAACCAGCUACCAGCCGCGAUGUGAACGCCGCCACCGAGACCGAGAAGCCCAGCAUUGCGCCUACGGCUGACAACUCGGUUGAGACUACCACACCAGACGCACAGACUAUCCCCAGCACCACUGCCACCUCUGCAGAAGUCCAGCCGGACGACGAGCAAGAACCAGAGGAAUGGGCUGGGCUAUCGAAGUCGCAAAAGAAGAAGUUGAAGAAAGCCAAACGCGCAUCCGUUGCUGAAGUAGAAUCAUCCCGGCCAGCCACACCUGCAGAGGAUUUGUCAAAGGUUCUUUCUGCCGAGCCUCAGUCAUCUGUUCCCGAAGUGGUUAAGGAGACCACUACUGAGCAAUUGCCCCAAGCGGAUGAACCCCGUGCCCUGCCAGUCGCGGAACCUAUCAGCGAGGCGAAGCAGGCUGAAGCAUACCUCGAGCAGCCCACCGCAACUUCGGAGCCAACAACCACCUCAACCCUAGCUGAAGACCCUGCACCAACUACUGCUACACCAGACCCGUCACCAGGCGAUCCCAAGCCGCCAGACAGAGAGCUCGAAGCGCCUUCGUCCCCUUCCUCCUCCAAGAAGGACAAGAAGAAGGCCAAGAAGCAAGCUAAGAAGGCAACAACUGCGGAGCCUUUUUUAGCAGAUGAGACGCCUGAGGCAGCCAACUCUGAUACUCAGCCGUCUCUGUCGAUUCCUACACUUUCGGAGACCCAACUACCUUUCUCGGGGAUACCGACACAAUAUCCCCAAUCUUUUACGAAUAACGAGCUUGUUGAUGAUUUUGAUGAUAAGAAGGAGGUGGAGAUUCAUGAUGCGAGGGAGGAGAGGGAACGUGAGGAGGAGAAGAAAGACGAGGAAAAGGGGGAUGUUGAGAAGGAGAUAGUGGAGAGGGGAGUCGAGGAAGAGCAGGAGAAGAAGGUUGAGGAGGUGGUUGCCGAGGCUGAUCAGCGUAGAGAGCCUACGGUCAUAGUUGAGGGGUUGCCAGAGCAGACUGCCACGAUCGCUACUGAGGAGAAGUCAGUGGAAGUUGAACAGCCUUUGGAGUCGACCGCGCCGCAAGAGCCCACAACUGCCGUUGCAGACGUUGCCGCGAGGGAUAUCGAGGAGCAAGCACCUGUUCUGGAAGACCUUGCGUCUGAGACAAUCAUUCCAGUCGAUACCAGCGCCACUGAGCCAUCCCCGCCUCCAGGUGUCAACUCAGCGCCCACACUGGAAGAUCCAAUUACGGUGGAAACGCUCCAGGAACCCACACCUACUCCGGUGGUCGUUGAAGAAGAUCAACCGACUGCUCUGCAGCAACAAGACGAGACCAAGGAAGUUGUGCAGGAAUCUUCUCAGACGCCAGCAACACAACCAACCCGUUCACUCGGCGAAGCUGAUGAGGGCUUGGCCGCUCCUUCUGAGAAGAAAAAGAAGAACAAGAAGGGCAAGCGCGCCUCCGCACUAGAGGAGCAGGAGCAAGCCACCAGCGUCACUGAGCCUGAGCGCGAUGUUGCCGACAAGCCAAACGAAGAUAUCACAGUUGUGGAACCUGAAGUACCAAUUGCGUCUGCAUUCGAGGACGUCAAGCCUUCAGAGGAUGUCGCAAUUGUUCGAGACAUCGAGGUUGCGCAUCCUUCCGAGCCUCAAGCAGAUACAGAGCCUAUUGUCAAACAACCCGCCCUUCGUAAGGACCAACACGUAACGCCUGAUGUCCAAGAGCAUGUGUCUGUUCGGGUCACGACAGACGAGCGCCAGGAUUCAACCACACAGCCCGAGACUCCCGCUUCUUUGCUUGGGGUUACCGAAGAAACGACCAUCGCGGAGCCUGUGCCCCAAGAUGCUGAACGUACCGUUGAAAACAUCGAAGAGCCCGCCAUUGUCGUUCCGGAAGUGGAGCAAGUUCCAACGCCGACAAUCGAGGAGCCGACCUCUUCAAAGAAAAGCAAGAAGAAGAGCAAGAAGGCCAAGCAGGCGUCGUCUAUCGAGACCGUUCCUGAAGUCCAGUCUUCCCAGCCAGAGGAGUUGCCAUCCGUUCAUGUUGAGCCAACCCCGCUGGCGUCUGAACCAGUCAACGAAUCAGAAGUGUCACGCGAGGUCACGGUUCCUGAACAGGUCGAGGAUGUUCAACCAGCAGUUCCGACAACAGACGACAAGACUACCGGCCCAGAAGAGCCGAUCUCGAAGCCUGUCGAAGAGACGCAGCAACCUUCGCUACCAAGCAUCGAACGUGACGCGCCCGCUGAGGUUCCAGAAAUCGUAUCCGAGCCUCCGACAACAACACAGCUUGAGCCAACAACUCCUGCUGCCCUUCAAUCGCCCACGGAGGAGCUUCCCGUACUUUCGCUCUCGAAGAAAGACAAGAAGAAGAGCAAGAAGGCCAAGAAACAAUCUCAAGCGGAAGAAGUAGUAGAGCAGACCACUCCUGAUAUACUUCGAGACUUACCUCGAGAUGUUACUACGGAGGCCGCGCCUACUCCGGUCAUUGAAGAAGUUGCCGACGCGGUCGUCGAGCCAAUUGCUAAGCCGGUCUUGGAGCCGGUGGCCGAGCGAGCCAUUGAACCAGCGACCGAGACAACGCCGGUCAUUGAGUCCACACCAGUUGAAGAUGUAUCCGCACCAAAGCCUGAGGACAUCCCAUUCGUUCCAGAGACUACCGUCAACGAGCCGAUAACGUCUGAAGAUGCACCAGUACCUGUCACCGAAGACACCCGCGAAUCCUCAGAGCUUGCGGAAUCAAAGCUUGAUCAAGAAGUGAUCUUCAAGCCUGUAGAAGACGCCGCUCAGGUACCGCUACCUGAAGAUCGCAUCAUCAGCCCACCAGCCGAGACAGUUGGGGAGGAGUUUGUCGGCCCAAUCCAGCCUGAGAUCACAUCAGGUGCCCAAGACGAGCAACUUUUGACCCCAAUCGUAGAGCCAGAGGCUCCACUCGAGAUCGCUGAGGCCGCACCGUUGUCCAAGAAGGACAAGAAGAAGGCCAAGAAGGCGAAAUCGAAGGCUUCCGAUGCUAUCACGCCUGUCAAUGAAGUCGCAGCACAGCCCGGGGUCGAAACCGUCCAAGAUGUUGGCGCUAGCAUCAAUGAGCCAGCGACUCGGGAUGUGCCACUCUCUUUGCCUCAGGAAGAUGCUGUGGUUGAGACAAUUGUCCCUACGAUUGACCAAGAACCUUCACUGGACGACCGCGCACUAACCAUGCCCCCAACGGAGGAGACCAAGGAAGAAACCGAGAUAGCCGAUCCUACGCCGCCUCUCGUGGACGCUAUUCCAACGCCCUUGCCUGAUACUGCUCAAGAGCCUACCAUUCAACGAUCCAUCGAAGAGGUGCCAGUCAUCGAUGCGCCAGUCACUGCUGCACAAGAGGCUCCUGUUACACAGGAAAUCGCAACCGAGGAUCAAAUCGAGGAGACAGUCAGCCAACAAGUGCCAGACACCACUGUCACUCCAGCAAUCGUUGAUGAGCGACCUUCCGAUGUACCGACUACGGACGUUGAGCCUCAAGUCGAGGAGCCGGCAUCCCCAUCGGUCUCCAAGAAGAAGAGCAAGAAGAAGGGCAAGAAGUCAGAUGUCACAACGCCAGCUCCCGAAGCCUUGCCUACAGCAGACUCCGACAACGUUACUUCUACGAUCGAGGAGAUCGCGCUGCCUACAGCCGGAGUACAAGACACCAUUACAUCAGUUCCAGAUGAGCAGUCGAAGGUUGAGGCUCCGAUUCAACCAGAGACUACCGUACUGCCAGAAACGGUCAUUGAAGCACCUGCCACCGAGACUGCACCUCCAGUCAACGAACCUGUUGCGGUGCCAGAGACGACUGUCGUCGAAGAAGUCAAGAAUGAGACCGUUACGCAGGAGCCUGUUCUUGAGCGUAAGCUGAGCAAGAAGGAGAGGAAGAAGGCUCAGAAGCAGGCCGCCGCUCUAGUCGAGGAACCCAUUGUUGAGGAAGAGCCCGUCGUGGAGCCAGCCACGGAGUCAGCCAUGGAACCCACUAUCGAAUCUGUCGUCGAGUCCACCGUCGAGCCUAUUGUCGAGCCUAUCGUCGAGCCUAUCGUUGAGCCUAUCGUUGAGCCUAUCGUUGAGCCCACCGUCAAGCCAGCGACGGUAGAACUAGCGCCUGCAGUCGAUACUACUACGGUUGAGAGUGUCCAGGAGACUUCCCCAGUGGUACAUGAGCCUGUUGUUGAGUCUUCAUCUUGGCGCGAGGUACCAGAAUCGAAGAUUGAGGCUUUGUCUCAAGAAGCAACAGUGGAGGACACGAUUGUUUCCACAUCAAAGAAGAGCAAGAAGGCGAAGAAGGACAAGAAGAGUAAGACGCAAUCUGCUGUUUCUGAUCUCCCCGAGGAGCCUGUCAAAGAAACAUCGAAUCUUCCUGAGCAAGUACAAGCAACGGAAACGUUCGAGACUGAGCCCGCCGCCACCGAGCGACUACAGCUUAUCAGUCUACGGGAUCAGGAAGCAAUGAUCCCGGAGACUGAGCCAAUGGCUUCGACGACCACUCAGAUCGAGGAGACAACAACGGAGUCUGUAAAGACGGAAGAGCCUGUUGUCCAUGCCAACAUUACUCCCGAAGCAAUCGAACAGCCUCAAGAGCCGGCUUUCUCACAAGAGAUGGAUGUUGACAAGCUACCGGAAGAUGUCUCAACAGGCAUCACUGAUGUCCAGGACCGUUCUGUCCCCGAAGCUGAUGUGGCCGUUCCCACUGUCGCACCACCGAUCUUUGAAGACUCCGAGCAACAACCCCCUCAAGAGCUGAUGCCAGACGCCUCAGUCGAAGCGUCAGCGGAGCCAACUACUGUAGUGGAGGAGGCCAGGAGCGUCCCAGAAGCACAAUCCGAGAGCAUUGAAGCCCAGCCAGCCAUCUCUGAACCGUCCAUUCCGGAGGCACCUCUUGCAUCAUCUUCAAUCGCCAGAGAGCUGCCAUCGGAGAUGCGAUCCGAGCCUGCAACGACAACAAUCGACUUGAGCAACGAGCAGACUCUACCUGAGCCAGUGGAGGAAAGUUCCCUUUCGCGCUCAAUGUCGAAGAAGACGAAGAAGGCCAAAAAGGGCCGGAAGUCUCUUGCCGACAACGAAACUUCUGGACCCGCUACGAUUGCCAGUGAAACCCCUCCAGAAAUCGUCACUGAGACACCCAUUAAGCAAGUCGUCCCUCAGCCAACUAUCACUGAGGCCGCGAAAGAGUUGGUACAUUCUCCCACGCCAGCAGAAGAGAGCGCGCCGGUCGUUCCAGUAGUCGAGGAGACCCCAGUACCUGCCGUCGCCGAAGCUACUCCAGAAGACAACUACCGGAGCCUUGAGGAGCAGCAGCCUAUCGAGCCUACUCAGUCCACCACGACACUCGAAGAAGCUCGUCAAAUCACUCAUGACGACUCUGUUCCAGUAAGCGAGCUCUCCCCCUCUCUUAGGGCAAUUCAAGAUGAAGCUGCCGAUCUGCGACUCCGUGCAGAAGCACUCGAUGUUGAGCUCGCCACACGAGACGACGCUGAUGAGCCCUCCACCAUCGAGCCCGCUUCCAUGUUCGAUAUUGUCAACAAGCUCACGAAGAAGGACAAGAAGAAGGCGAGAAAGAGCAAGGGCGACACUGACGCUAUGCCGACGACUCCUGCGGCCGAACCUGAGGCUGCGGUUGAGACGAAGGAAGUCGUCGAGACGCCUGCGUUCGUAGCUGCGCCGACCUUAGCAGAAGAGCAAGUUGUCGAUAAGAGAGAGAUUGUCGAAACACCAGCGCUGACAGAGGAUAUCAUUGCGACCGAUGGGCCUUCUCGCAAACUGAGCAAGAAGGAGAAGAAAAGGAAGGGCAAGCAGCCUGCAGUCGAUCCAGUCGAAUCCUCCGAGACAGUAACGCAGUCGAGCGCGCCGAUCGUUGAGUACCCAGAGCCAAUCGCCGAGCAGUCAACAGAGUCACCAUCAGUCGUCACUGAGUCUUCAGCAGACACUGUCGCGCCAGAGAAACUUCACCAGGCUUCCCGUUCCAUCGAUACUGAGAGAGUAGUACUUAAUGAGCCAGCUGCAGCCGACAUCCCGGCCUCAUCUACCGUCACCCAAGAUCUUCAACAGACACUUGUAGAAGAGGAACUAGUGCCUUCAAGGAAGCUUAGCAAGAAAGACAAGAAAAGGGCCAAGCAAGCUGCCGCGGUAGAGGAUGUUCCGUUCUCUACCCCGACUGAAUCUCGGGAAGUAGUUUUGCCUGACUAUGAGGUAGCUACGUCAGUGCCAGCACCUUCCAGUGAGGGUUUCCCUGCGACGAGUGUCGAGGCUUCCAAGGAGGCAGCUAUUGAGGAACUCGCGGCUAUGACGCCGAACCAACGUGAGGUGGAGACACAUGUCGAUACCUCAAUCGUUACACCAGCAGAGGCAACCACGGACAGUCUGCCACCACCAGUCGUCGAGCAACAAGAGCCAAUUCUCGAGGAGCCAUCUAUUCCAUCUCCUAAGCUCAGCAAGAAGGGCAAAAAGAGAGCCAAGCAAGAUACACUCCCCGCGCAGGAACCCGAGGCGCCCGUUACGGUAGACGCACCGUUACCCGAGACCAGUGAGCCCAUCGUUACGGAGAUACCGCACACAACCCAAGAGGUAUCCAGGGACACUUUCUCCCAUGGACCAGCGAUCGUCGAACUUCCAAUCGCGACGGACGUCAUGGAAGAGGCACCUCGGUCCGAGCCAUCUACUAUGCCACGAUUUGACCCAGAGCCAGAGGUUAAAGUCACCGAAGUCCAGCCCGAACCGACUCCCAUCGACCUUGCCAUCAAGACUUCCAUUACGGAAAGCACCGAGCAGCCUCGUGAAUUCCCCGCUGUGCGUGAAUCAGAACCAGAGUCUGCGAUUGCCCCGACUCUCGUACGCAAAGAGAGUAAGAAAGACAAGAAGGGGAAGAAGCAAGACCUGCUUGCUGAACAGCCUCUCACAUCGAGAACCGACGAUGUAGUGGUCUCUGAAGACGUCCGAACCGAAGAGCGUUCUCUUGACUCGUCAAGGCCUAAGGAGCAGCAAGUCACGGCUCCUAUGGACAUCCCAAAUGAGCCCACAGAAGAGAUUUCAAUCGCGCCGGUCCCGGAGAAGCAGCCUCAAGGGAUUGUUGCUCAAAGAGAACUUCCAGAAGAGCGUGUGACCGUCGACGCCCCAACGACUGAUGCCAUCCCUGAGGCCGAGACGACCCCCAAGAAGAGCAAGAAGCAGAAGCGCAAGUCAAAGUCUCCGACGACUUCAAGAGAGUCCUCUAGCGUUGCACCCAUCGUCCCGGUCGAGGAGACCGCCCCUGAACCGACUAUUGUGCGUCAGAUUGUGUACGACAACCGCCAAGAUACGAUCCGAGAACGCAGCCUUUCUCCCAGGAAAAGGCCUACAACACCGUCAACGCCCGGGUCGCCUGUAAUUGGAGCAAUUCUCAGCCAGCCGAAGAGGGAACACGUCAGGUCUAUGUCCAACGUCUCUAUCCCUGAUCUCCACGUCAGGGCCAGCGAAUCUGAUAGCACUACUCAGCACCCUUUGUUGCACAAGAAGUCAUCUAAGAAACACAAGUUGGCAGCUUUGUUUGAGCGCGGUAAAUCACCGGAUGGCGCUCCUGUGGAACGAGGUCUGCGAAAAGAAGGGUCGGGCAGUGUCAGAAACCUCGCCGAACAGUACGAAAGUCAAUCACGAUCUGUUACGCCCAUUCUACCCCAAUCUCCCGAGAAGCGAUACCUAUCUCGAUCCCCAUCGCCUGAGAAGCGUCAGCUCCAUUCUCGAGUUGCAUCUCGUAGUCAACUUGGCUUGGCAUCACCAGUGCGAUCAGAUUCGAAGUCGCCCGCAAGAGACAUAGACUUCGCAGCUACUGUCGCCGCCAGUUUGCAGGAGUCCGGUUUUGAUCCUGGAUAUGUCAUCAACGAUAGAGCUUUCCAUCGCUCGAACUCCAUAUCAGGAGCUCGCGAUAUCACGCCCGAUGAUGAUAUUGCCGCUGCAAAGGAAAGAGCCGGCAGAUCACGACUCGGUAGCUUGAGUCGCUCAUCAUCGGUCUCCGGCUCGCCAAAACUACGAACACUCCAACCUAGCGGACCCGAUGUUCUGCCACCCAUCGAAGUAGCAAUGGCAACGACUGACACUGCAUCGUUCGACCCACUGGAUGUGCUCAACGACCCCGCUUUUGCAACGCGAAAGUCACCUCCUGGUGUUCUGGAAGAAGCUGACCCUGAUGAGUUGGCCGGGUCGUCAAGUUUGAGAAGGAACAAGAGCAAGAAGAAGCGUCACCCGAUACCAGAAAUUCCAGUGGAAUCUGAACACACUCGCGAAGAAGCAGACGCUUCAGUUGCGCCGAUUGUUCGAGGCAAGAAGUCAAAGAAGGACGAAGAAGGAGCUCCACGUCCGCAAGACCGUGUUGAGUAUACAGCUGCAGAGACUCCGGCGAUCGAGGCUCAUCGAGAUGUGCCUCUCGCUGUUGAGACUCCAGCUGACUCCACAGUCCGCGGAAUUGAGCCUGCUCAGUCCGUGCCUCGCGCGCCAAACUCCACCGAUGUCCUUCCGGAGAUGCCAAUGCAAACAACAGGUUUGGAAGCCAAGUCUAUCGACGUCAAAGAGGAAGAUUCAAACAGACAAGACACGAUAGCGAGGAAGGAGAGGUCCAGGAAGUCAGCGAAGGACGCCAAACCUGCAGCCACUGACGAUGUGCCCGUACUGCCCGUGACAUUCGAUCAGGAAGCCCGUUCACUGACCGCUGGAGAGCCGAAGGAAUAUCCAUUUCCACAGGUGACGCAAGAAAAGGAGAUCGAGAGGAAGGAGGAGACGCGCAGGCGGGAGUUGGAGAAAGAGAGGGAUAUGGAUGCAUGGGCUCCAUCGCCAAGAAAGAAGAGCAAAAAGAGCAGGAAGACUGAAGAGAGGGUUGAGGGAGAGUCGAGCACCGCGUCGAGGGACGCACCACCAGCCGAGACACCAGCUGCCGUUCCUGAAGUUCAUAAGCGCAGGACACACCCUGUAUCCUUUGACGAUGAGCAGCCGGACGAGAAGCGCCUACACACAUUGGAGUCCACACAAGAGCCUCAAUUCACCACUGAGAGAACAGCAUCACCAGCGCAUGUUGUCGCAUCAGAACGCUCACACUCCGACAAGCGCUCCAAAGAAGCCAAAUCAUCAACGCAUGGUGCAGCACCAGCCAACGAGCCAUCGUGGUCAUUCGCCGAAGUUCGAGACGACAGCAGUCGGGACCCCGCCACUGCACAGUCAGCACAGCCAGUCGAGAAGGCAACACGUACGCUGAGGCGGUCGAAGGAACCGAAGACUCCUCUGGGUGCAUCAAAACGCUCGAUUGCAACUGACCAAGAUGCCGAAGACAGCCCUGCUUUGCCAACACACCCAGUGAUUUCUGGCGCGACAACCCCAGGCACCGACUUUGCGACGAAGGAGCGAACCUCGUAUCUUUUCGAUUCCUCGCCAUCAACACGCGCCUAUGGCACUUCACCAGCAGUUGGGCCGCAAACACCCGCUCAUGAUACUCAGAGAAUUGAUGAUACUCCGUCGAAAGACAAAGGCAAGAAACCACGCACAGAGUCGCAGCACGGUCGAACAUCGCCUACGAAGCAGAUUGCACAGAAGGAGCCAUACCAAUCCUUGUUUGGAGAUCCAAAUGAGAAGAAGGGUGAGACCCUUUCCACGCCUGUCGCGAAGUCCGAACGCACGCCAGGCACCAAGCAACUCGAGUCCAUUGAGGAAGUCAGCCCGGAUGACACCAAGCACAAGAAGUCACGAUCCAUCGCUGAUGUCGGCGCGCCAGAGCGAGGACUCAAGUCAGCUCGUCGCACCGAGAGUCUCAGGCAACUUUCUGAUCGCCUGAGAUCACCUCCGCCCAGCACGCCAACGCCCACGGGUCGUCGAAGUGUGGCAUCCAUGGCAGACAACUCGGGUGGAAGAGAUUCACCAUGGUCACAGGUCAACGACAGCGUUGACCGAACCAUGACCCUCAGCCCCGCACGCCGCAUGCCUCGCUCAUCUCCGAGCGCAGACCCGUUGAAGCAGUACAUUGCUGAGCAGCGGUCGCCCAGUGUUCAAAGUCAGCGUUCUCUGAGCAACAUCGCGAGGCUUAGGUCUCCGGAUCAGGAACGUCCUAUGAGCUCUAUGAGCAACAUCAGCACACGUUCGGAUCGGUCGUUGAGAAGAGUGGACCGGCAAACGUCAGGUGACCUCAGAUCAGCCUCGAGGCUUGGCGAGGCCAGUGCGCAAGACGCUAAGAGCGCGCAACCCAAUCUCUCCAGCACGGCGCUCGCGGCUGGAGCAGCAGCCAUCGCAGGUAUCGCCGCCCCACCGGUUUACGACCCAGUCCGGGGUACAGGUAGAGGUCGCCGUACCAGUAUGGCCGAAACCUUUGUAAGUAGUUCGCAGUUGUUGCGCACGUCGCUUCUGAUUACUGACUGUCUUUUGCAGGAAGCAUGGGGUGAAGCCCAAAGGUCGCCUAGCUCGCCCUCACGUCCACCAAGCGUGCGCAAACGUCAAAGCAUGCAAAUUAUGGACCUCCAGACGCAACUUGACCAGCUAGCUGCGCAAAACUCAGCUGUCGAGACCGCCAAAGCCAAGGCUGAGGAGGCUUUGCAGGCUGCACAACACCAGCGCCAAGUUGACGAGCAGUUGGUACUUGAAGAAGUAGAAGCACGUGACCGUCAGAUUCACCAAAGAGAUAUCGACAUUGCGCAACUCAAGGAUACGCUUCAGCGACUACAAGAAGAGAUUGCGCGCCUGAAUCAACUCAACAACGCACUAACAGACGCCAAUCGCAACCUGACCAACGAUGCCAAUGAACGAUAUGGCCAACUCCAGUCCGAGGGACAGAUGGUGCAUGAGCAAUGGCAGGCAUCACAACGAGAGCUAGAGAGCCUUCGCAGUCAAUACGCUCAGCUUCAGGCUGAAGGCCAGGCCAUGCAACAGCAAUGGCAAACAUCACAACGAGACUUGGAGGAACUUCGUCGUCAGCAUACCCAGAUGCAGCGAGGUCUCGCAGAUGCCGUCCGCGAUGAAGUUGGCGAAGCACUAGAUGAGCGCAAUGCUGAAAUCGACCGUCUAACCGCAGAGCUGGCGACUGCACGCGAACAGAUCAAGAACCUUCAAAAGCAGAUCUUGGCUUCGAAGAAGCCUAGUGAGAGCUUCCUCACUGUUCGCGAUGAAGACUACUUUGACAGCGCCUGUCAACAACUGUGUCAACAUGUACAGCAGUGGGUGCUGCGCUUCUCCAAGUUCUCUGACACUCGCGCAUGCCGCCUUUCAUCAGAGGUCGCAGCUGAUACACGACUGGAUGCAUCAACGCGUCAGAAAAUCGACACUCGCCUUGACAAUGCCAUCCUCGAUGGCUCAGAUGUCGAUUCACUCUUAGCGGACCGUGUCAAGCGCCGAGACGUCUUCAUGUCCGUGGUUAUGACCAUGAUAUGGGAGUACGUCUUCACCAGGUACCUAUUCGGUAUGGACCGAGAACAGCGCCAGAAACUCAAGGCGCUGGAGAAGACACUUUCAGAGGUCGGCCCACCACGCGCUGUGGCACAAUGGCGAGCUAUCACACUUACCCUUCUUGCGAGAAGAGAGCCUUUCAUGCAGCAACGCGCUCAGGACACUGAAGCUGUCGUGCACGAGAUCUACAGCACACUCUCGACACUUCUUCCACCACCAUCGCAUCUGCAGCGCCAGAUCCAGGAGUCGUUGCGCAACGUAAUGCGCUUGGCAGUGGAGCUAUCAAUUGAGAUGCGCACGCAACGCGCGGAAUACAUCAUGCUGCCGCCGCUACAACCCGAGUACGAUACCAAGGGCGAUCUCGUCGCCAAGGUUACUUUCAACGCCUCUCUAAUGAACGAACGGUCAGGCGAGACGACGUCGAACGACGAACUCCAAGCCCGUGGGUCGGUGGUCAAGAUUGUACUGUUCCCCCUAGUCGUCAAGAAGGGCGAUGACUUCGGCGAAGGCGAGGACGAGAUUGUCGUCUGCCCAGCCCAGGUCCUGGUCGCUGGAACUAAGAGCAGGAAGGUAGUGAGGGUCAUGAGUGGAGCGAUGUCGAUCAAUCGUCCCGACUCACGAGCAAGCCGUAUCAGUCGGGUAACGAGCGUCGCGCCCCCUGAGAGCACGAUUAUGGACUACGAGCAACCUGGCAGCAACAUGAUCUAG